AUGACCGGAAACCAGCUCUUCCUGGAGCUUUUCCCGGAGCUUUUCCUGGAGCUUUUCCUGGACCUGGAUGUUGGCUCUCACCAAGAAUCAAGACCCUUUGCUCUCAGCAGAUUUAGACGGGGAAGUGGAGGAGAUCUGAGAAACGAGAGGCAGGUUUUGGUGGAAGAGCAGAAGUUAUGCAGAGCCCGGGCUCGCAAACUUUCCCUGGAAACCAACAGACGGAGAAAGGCGUUGGAGGAGAGGCGGCGGCAGUGGGACGCCCGGGAGCAGCUCCUGAGGGAAAAGCUCCUCCAGAAGCGCCGGCAGGAGGUCCAGGAGGCCACCGAACGCUACCAGAGAGCCCACCUCCCCCCCGCCCAGAGACCCAGGCAGGCUUUACGAAGGGCGGCUGCAAAUUUAGAAGAGGCUCUCAUUCAGAUCCAAGGCAGCGCCUGGCAGCCUUCCCUCUCCUCCAGCAACACAAACUUUAACAGCGGCGCUCCGUCUCCAAAGCCUCCCACGGUUUGUAGGUCCUCUCACCGCCGGGCGCUCUCCGCUGUGGAGGCCUACACCAAACUGCUUCAGGAGCAGAGCAGGACGGAGAAGUAUCGGGAUCCCAGUCCAGAGGGCAGCCCCUCGUCAGAGAGCCUGUCGAGCAAGGACAGUUUGGAGAACGAGGACCCAAACCAAAGCUCGUCCGUUUCUCCUGACUGUGAUGAGGAUCAACCGGACCGGAGAAAACCACACGGACCCACGGAGGGAAAACCAGAGGCCUCGGACCGGCCCGACCCUCUCUGCCCCAAAGCCUCCUGGGCCUUCGCGUCCUUUAAGCAAACGCCCAAAACGGCGAGCUGGACUCCUCUGGAGGACGGUGUCUCAUUGGCUGUUUGGGAAAUCACUACUGGUAACCCAGAAAACUCCCAGCUAAAGUCCUUUCUCCAGACUCCCAGAGACUCAGAACACCCCAAAGAAGAGGCUUCCCUGGAUGUCAAACAGAGGAGUCAAGAUGGGAAUCAAUCAAAAUGGCCGCAGGCGGGGGAUUUCCCUCUCCCUCUCAAAAAUGGCGUCUGCAAAGACGUUUUGUUCCGAGAUAAUUAUAUGACGGAUAGCGCCACGGAGAAUGUGUCAAACGAAGACCCGAAGCCGGAAAAGCUCCAGAAAGAUCCCCAGGCCUCCAUAAAUAAUCUCAACAAGGUUUCAGACUCUGUGUUCAGCCCUGAGAAGCCACCACAAGCAGGCCCCCCACCGGCUAACAUCCAGUUAGCAUCUCGUUCAGCCUGUGAGGUCCGACUCGUUAAGGGGAUCCUGAAGAAGCAGUCCAGGUUUGAGUCCAGGUUUGAGUCCAGAGAGGCGAUACGGACGUGUGAACCAGACCGUUCGGGUUUCCCAAACCACGUGGCGUUAGCCAUCAGAGACAGUGUGGAGCUAUCCCGAAAUAAAGCCAAAGACCCGAGGGUCAGCAAUACGGUCAGGAAGAAGCUGAGAUGGUUUGAUGAGGUCCAUCUGGACCAAGAGGCCGAAGACUUGACCGCGAUGCGUCAGAUUAAAGGCGGUUUUUAUACUCUGAAUCCACCAAAACCGAGCCGGACUGCUAACUGCAGCGCUUAUCACUUUACAAAAGAGGCCUGGACGGAUGUGGGGGUUCAGGUAGAUCGGCCCAGGGACCAGGCGGGCGAUUUCAGGGCGUCCCGGACCAGAAAGGGCGCCGUCAUCCGACCCCAGUCGGCCGGCGAAGUGAGUCGGAUCGCCAAAGUCCAGGGGAGGAUCGCGGUGCCCCGCCCACCCCCAAAGACGGAAAAAAAGGGUCUCCUCUCACCUCCUGUAGUCCCAUCAGACCCCACCACCACAAUGCACACAACUCUGCCCCCCCCUGGCUCUCACUGUCUCCCAGAGGAAACCACACUCGUUUCAGGCCAUCAAGAGACUGAGAUCUGCAGGAGAAGGGGGGUGGCGCACAGUGAGAGAGGACUCUGUCUGACUUGCACGCCCACAGAUGAGGAGAUUUCUGAGCUCUGGCGUGGCGUCCGCUGUGCUUUAAACACAAAGGACGGAGCCGCCCACAGAAGGCAAACCCUGGAGAAUGGGCGGGUUUUGAGGAAACCCGGUCCUGAACAGGGCAAAGACUCUCCUGGAUCAGGCCGUAGACGACUCCCCCAGAGCUCCCAGAACGCUCUCCAACUGGCCGUAGCUAGCCAACAUCUGGACGUAGCCCAGCUCUUGCUAAAGAAAAACCACCUGGCGAGGAUAGGGGACGCGCUAUUGCUAGCUAUCAGUAAGGGCUACAUCCGGAUCGUGGAGGCCAUCCUGAGCCACGAGGCGUUCGCGGACGGUCGGAGACUGACCAACAGCCCCAGCCAGACGGAGACGCACGACGACUUUUUCUCCUACGACGAAGACGGGACCCGGUUCUCCCACGACAUCACGCCCAUCAUCCUGGCCUCCCAGUGCAACCAGUACGAGAUAGUGCACAUGCUUCUUAUGAGAGGGGCCCGGAUCGAGAGGCCCCACGACUAUUUCUGCCAGUGCGGGACGUGCAAUGAGGACCAGUGGAGGGACUCUUUCAGCCUAUCCCAGUCCCGCAUCAACGCAUACAAAGGCCUGGCCAGUCCGGCCUAUCUCUGCCUGUCUAAUGAAGACCCCGUAAUGGCAGCUCUGGAGCUGAGCAACGAGCUAGCGGUGCUGGCUAACAUCGAGAAGGAGUUCAAGAACGAUUAUAAGAAACUGUCCAUGCGGUGCAAAGACUUUGUGGUGGGGAUUUUGGAUUUGUGUCGAAACACCGAGGAGGUGGAGGCCGUCCUGAACGGGGACACCGAGUCGUGCCCUAAAUCGGAAGUCUUCGGUAGACAAAACCUCAUCAGGUUAAAACUAGCAAUAAAGUAUGAAGUUAAGAAGUUCGUGGCCCAUCCAAACUGCCAGCAGCAGCUCCGGGGUAUCUGGUACGAGAACCUGUCGGGGCUUCGGCAGCAGACGAUGGCGGUGAAGGUGCUGCUGGUUCUCUGUGUGGCCGCCGGGCUGCCCCUGCUGGCCCUCGUCUACUGGAUCGCACCUUCAAGUAAGCUUGGCAAAAUCAUGUGUGGACCCUUCCUGAAGUUCGUGGCCCACGCGGCCUCCUUUGUGAUUUUCCUGAGUCUCCUGCUGCUGAACGCAGCCGACCGCUUCACAGGAACGGCCCUGCUGCCCAACAUGACGGCCCACGACUUCCCGACCCAGCUUUUCCGGGUGAAGACCACCUCCUUCUCCUGGAUGGAGAUCCUCAUCAUCUCCUGGGUCAUAGGUCAGGACAGGAACCCUUCUCUCUGCGUCAACCUGUUAGGAAGGGCGUUGGAGGAGAGGCGGCGGCAGUGGGACGCCCGGGAGCAGCUCCUGAGGGAAAAGCUCCUCCAGAAGCGCCGGCAGGAGGUCCAGGAGGCCACCGAACGCUACCAGAGAGCCCACCUGCCCCCCGCCCAGAGACCCAGGCAGGCCCCGGAUUUGAACCAUUAUGUGGGGGGUUGGGGACCCACCCUGCCUGGGUCUCUGGGCGGGGGGGAGGUGGGCUCUCUGGUAGCGUUCGGUGGCCUCCUGGACCUCCUGCCGGCGCUUCUGGAGGAGCUUUUCCCUCAGGAGCUGCUCCCGGGCGUCCCACUGCCGCCGCCUCUCCUCCAACGCCCUGCAGAGGAAACAGGAAACAGAUCGUUCUCAUCCGUUUCUCCUGACUGUGAUGAGGAUCAACCGGACCGGAGAAAACCGCACGGACCCACGGAGGGAAAACCAGAGGCCUCGGACCGGCCCGACCCUCUCUGCCCCAAAGCCUCCUGGGCCUUCACAUCCUUUAAGCAAACGCCCAAAACGGCGAGCUGGACUCCUCUGCAGGACGGUUUGGAGGGCGGGGCCCGAUCACACCUGACUGAAACACUCACCGGGGGCCAAUCAGCUGAGGGCCAUUCUGCGGUUGCCAUGGAAACGGCCCAAACACAGCGGCCGGGGGUCCCCAGCAUCUCUUCUGAGGAGAAGAAAAUCCUCCUCUCUCUGGACAGACUCAACCACCAGCUAAACUCUCUGCAGGAGCGUGUUUGGAUCAGCAGUCGUGCUCCUGCAGCUGGAAACGCCUCCACCAGAGAAGUCAGAGUCCCGGACAAACACAAACGCCAUGCGACCUCCUCCAUCCAGACCCAGAGGAAGCUCUGACCCCCCCCAGAGUCUCUGUAUCUCAUUCAGAGUUUCUCCAUCUAAUAUGGAUGGAGUUUCUCCAUCUAAGGAUUGUUUUACCAAACGUGCCUCAGAUAAGGACCGGGCUGGUUUCAGAGGAAUGACCGGUUCAUAGAGUGAGACCUGAAAUGGGCGUUUCCAAGUUUAAGUUCAAGAGCAAAGACACGUUGCCAGAAAAGUUUUGCUGGUUUAGGUAAGCCACUUAAUAUUAAGCCAUCCACCUGUGAGUGCCUCCGGCUCCCUGUUUUAUUUACAAAUGCAAAUACUGUUUGUUUUCUCAUAACUUCACCCUGAGCUGAGAGCUGAAUACACAGUGAUGAUUCUGGACUGGUAUCCACGUGUAUUUUUCAGAGUUCCUCAUUCAGUU